UCAAAGCUUUAAACACACACAGACUGGACUUUGCACAGUCAAAGCUUUAAACACACACAGACAUCUUCACUGUUGUGUUGUUCUUGAUGUUUCUCUCUUCUUGUGUUCAGGGGCCUGUGAUCUCACACUGGAUCCAAACACAGCAAACACUCAACUCAUUCUGUCUGAUGAGAACAGGAAGAUCACAGAUGUGUUUGAGCGUCAGCCGUAUCCUGAUCAUCCGAAGAGAUUUGAUCAUGUUCCUCAGGUUCUGAGUGUUGAGAUUCUGACUGGACGCUGUUACUGGGAGACUGAAUGGAGCGGAGAUAAUGCUGUUGUAUCAGUGUCAUAUAAAGGAAUCAACAGGAAAGGAGGGAGUGACUGUGUGUUUGGAUCCAAUGACAAAUCCUGGAAUCUGUGGUGCUCUAAUAACAGAUUCACUGUACGUCACAAUAAUAACUACACUGAUAUACCUGCUGUCUGUUCAUCCUCUAAGAGAGCAGGAGUGUAUCUGGACGUGUCGGCCGGCUCUCUGUCCUUCUACAGCGUCUCUGACUCACACACACUCACACACUUACACACACUCAACACUACAUUCACUGAACCCCUCUGUGCUGGGUUUGGGGUUGAUUAUAAUUCCUCAGUGUCUCUGUGUGAUAUUAAACGAUAGAGAGACUCUCCGUAAAUCCUCUUUCUGAUGUUCGCAUUAACACAAACUCAUCAAAUCUCACAUCAUUACUUUUGUAUUCAUUCAUUUUUAAUCAGUUUGUCAUUGUCCUCCAGAAGUUAUAAAUCUAGAUCAGACACACUGUUCUGAAUCUUUAAUAAACAAAGUAAUAUGAUUGCUUUAAUAUCUAUAUUGUAAACAAACCAUCAAAUGUAAUAAAAGUUAAUUUGUGACUCAUUGAAUGAUGAAG